CCUCCCCUAAGUCAUCAGAAGAAAGUUUGUUUGCUUCCCAAGUUUUGUUAUGUUAUAUUCCAACGAAAAGUGCAAUAUCUACUUGGGAAUCGCCCCUCCAUUUUUGUUGUGAUUAUGCGUUUUCAUCUGCUAAUUCUUACUUUAUGGUAGAUCAUCUUCCAUUCCCCUACUAGCUAAAAGUAAACAAAAUUUUCUACCAUUUCUCUACCUUUUUCGUUCUACUACGCAUAGUGGCUGAAAAGUAGGAAAAAGGUAGAAGCCAAAAAUUGAGAGUGUAGAAUGAGUCCUACAGCUUUCAACGCUCUUGCUGACAAAAUUAGUAAUAGUAGUCUUGUCAAUAAGCAGAUCACAAGAAUUAGGAAACCGAUAUCAGUUGGUAAUGCUCUGUAACUUCAAAACUAACGAAUUUCUCGUAUUAAUAACAUAUUUAAACUCAAGGGAACGAUUAGCAAUUACACUGCGUUACUAUGCAACAGGUGAUAAUCUGAAGACAAUAGCUGCCGGUAAUUGCGUGGGACACGGCACAGCUUGCAAAAUUGUAGUAGACACUGGAAUCGCAAUUUACAAGGUGUUAGCACCCCGACUAUUUGAAAGUUCCAGACACUAGUAUUUGGAGAAAGAUUACUAUUAAAUUCUCAAAAGUCUGGAAUUUUCCCAACUGUAUUGGAGCGAUUGAUGGCAAGGAUAUUGCUAUGCAGGCACCACCAAAUGCAGGAUCAGACUACUUCAACUACAAGCAAUUCCAUAGCAUUAUUCUAAUGGCCAUAUGCGAUGCGCAGUAUAAAUUUAAGAUGAUUGACCUGGGAGCCUUUGGCAGAGAAGGCGAUAAAAAUGUGUACAACACAUCUACCAUCUCCAAGAAACUCGCUGAAGAUACUCUUGGAAUCCCACCGUCAUGCAAACUUCCGUAUUCAAAUACGAUCCUGCUGCAUUGCAUUGUGGGCGACGAUGCAUUUCCAUUGAAGCCGUAUUUGCUGAAACCAUUUGCCGGUCGGUGUACAGGAACGAUGCCUAGGGAUGAACGUAUUUUUAAUUAUAGGUUGUCACGCUCACGAAGGGUAAUUGAGAAUGCUUUUGGCAUUCUUGCAGGCCGCUGGAAACUAUUUCGCAAGCCCAUCAUUGCUAAAACAGAAAACAUUGAGCAUUACACCAGAGCGUGUAUUGUGUUGCACAACUAUUUAAUUGAAACAGAUCAACAAUACGCUAGUAGAGGGUAUGCUGAUCAUUUUAAUGCCGAUGGCACGUUGAUCGAAGGUGGUUGGCGUUCCGAGGAAGGUGGGCUUCAAUCAAUCCCCUCCAGAACUUGUAUGAAUUUUAGUCAUGAAGCAAAACCCCUCCGCGUUUCUUUCAAAAACUACUUUAAUUCGGAGGAGGGCGCCGUGCCAUGGCAAAAUGCUGCAGUUGAUAAUGAUGGAUUCGAUCCAUGUGAUAAUUAACAAAUAAUUGUUGCUAAAUCAGCUUGUCCAAACCAUUCUAAUAAUACGUGUUUUCUUGUAAACCACCAGUUAUUUAUUAUUUCUUAAGCUAAAUGAGUAUAGUGUGCCACAUGAGUAUAAUAACCUUGAGAAUUCUUUAUGAAAAUAUUAUUAGGUUGUUGCUGAAAGUUUAUUAAGCUUUCUUGAAAAAAAGUAUAUCUGUGUUCACACGCGCAGGAGCGUGUGUUUCAUGAACAACUCAAGUGGCGCAGUGUUAAAGUAUAAGAUAGUGAAUCUAAAGGUCCAUGGUUCAAAUCCUAGCACAGCUAUGUCUUUUUUCCAAAAAUUAACCUCAAGUUACUGAAUUUUUCAGUAGCCUAUAAAAAUUAAGUAUCUUAUAGAAAUUAAGUACGAAAAAAAGAUCUAGUAGGCUGGCCUUUUUUAAGUAUCGUAUUUUGUCGCCGCUGUGUAUGACUAUAGCAACCGUCAACUAACCAUUUCCUGAUGAAGUGGGAUUCUUAUUAUAAGCUGGAGAUGGCGUCUUGAAGACAUCACGAUCACGAUCUGCUACAUUGCUUUCGGACGCAGUGGAAUUGGUAUCACCCGUUGUACUAUUGCUAGUGGACAUGUCAUUCACCCAAUCAUCACCUAUUUCAAAUGAAAAUAUUAGCUUUUUAUUCACUCUGCAUGAACACUAGUUGUCAGGAGAAAUUGUAUGAACCUUCAUCAUCGGGCGCUGCUGAGUUCUGCGCAUACUCUUCAGAAAUGCUGAACGUAUCUAUUUCGUCAGGCUGGAAACCUUCAGGUGCUGUUUCAAUGUCUUCUAUGUUUAUUUCAAUCACCACAUGUGUCAUUUCCUUCCGUACAACAUUUGCACAUUCAGCUGUUGAUACAUCACUGGUAUCCUCACAGUUUGAUUGUCGCCUGAUGAAUAUAUUGAUAACAUUAAUGCCAAUAAUCAAAUUCUUCAAACAAAGGUUUAGCAUCAUAUACUGUCGUUGUUUAAUGUGCUUGUACAGAAACACUAUUUGUUUGUACAACCAAGAAGGAAUUGUUGGAGGAGUUGCAUGUGAUCCACUUGGUGGCUGUUUGUUCAACACCUUUCUUUGGUGCACCUAUCUUUGAACGAUUUCCAUGUAUCCUUCACCUCAGCAGGGGCUGUGAAUGCAACAAUAAAAGGACCACGAGUACUUUUAACCAACAUUUUAUAUGCAUUAUUAUAAUGGUGCUUUUACUGCAAUUAAAUUGUGCUGCAAUUGUUGCCCUGGCUUGUGCUUGAAUUUGUCCGUUUUUGUAAUCUUUCAAUG